AUGAAGUCCAAAAAAUCCGGCUCUUCAUACGGUACCUACACGCCAUUGCCUCCAAGUUCUUGCAACCCGGAUCCCGCCAAGGCCCAGCUGCUCCUGAAGGAGGAGUUCCCUGAUUUCUGUAGUCUGGAGAUAGGCGAGCUCUCUGAAGAGGGAACGAACUUCGUCUCCUGGGAUCUUGCCGCGACGCCGCUGUUUGAACGUAUCUUCGAAGGUCACGUUUGGGAUUUCUUCUACAUCUAUAAUCCCAAGGAUCUACCGGCCUUCCCUAAGCUGUUUGUUCCCACCAAGCAGUUCAGCCAUUUCCUGGAGUUUGUGAAUGCCACUUUGGGCAUCGUCCUCACCAUUCCCGAAGGCCCGCCGAGUCAGAAUUUCUUUGUCCACUUUGGUGCCCAGGGCACUCUCCGUCCACGCUAUCUCGGCCGUUGCGCCAGCCAGUCGGAGUUCCUUGCCAUCAAAGACCGGGUGCCCCCUGUUCAUGACCAAGAUGUCUGCGCGGGCGCCUCUCCCGACAGCAUUGCGAGCCUUCUGGAGAAGCUCAGACUUGUUGAAAAGUCAUCCAGAAAGAGCAAAGUCAAGACCAAGAAACAAACGAAAGCGGCGGAACAGCGCAGGGAAAGCCUUCAUCUCGUUCAGCGGUGCUUAGGUCUUCGGCCAGCCGCACGCGGUCAUUCUGAUCCGAAUGAUUCUCCUCUCGCCUUGGACAUCCACGGCGCCGUCCCGUAUGGCCGAGACAUGGACGUCGUCUUUGCGUCCAUCGACAUCGAGGUCGCCGAGCAGUCUCACAAGACCGUUCUCGAAGUUGGCAUUUCCACUUUCGACUCUCGUCGCAUCGUCGACGCCCCUCCCGGCGACACCGCUCGAAACUGGAUGCCCUUCAUCCAAAGCCACCAUCUGCGUGUCUACGACUACCGCUUCAUGUGCAAUACGAAGUAUGUCAAGGGCUGUCCUGACAACUUUAAUUUCGGGUACAGUGAGAUGCCCAAGCUCGCUAAUCUUGCCGACCGCAUCCUCGCCAUCCUGUCCGACUGCAAUAAACCGGACCACGACGAAACAGCACCUGAGGAAAACAGACAGCAACGACCCCUGAUUCUUGUCGGGCACGGAAUCACUGCUGAUAUUGGCUUCCUCGCGAACAUGAACGUUGAUCCUGUCGAAAUGAAGGGUUUUGUCCAGUGCAUCGACACUCAGGACAUGGACCGGGCCUGGCGCAGUUUGACCGCCAGUCGCUCCCUCGGCACUGUGCUCAAUGAUCUCGAUCUUGCCCACUCCAACCUUCAUAACGCCGGAAACGACGCCGCCUAUACGCUCCAGGCCAUGUUGGGCUUAGCUGUCAGCGCCCGCCUGUCCGAGCUUGACGAGGCGAAGACUAAGACUUAA